UAGUUGAUUCCAACACACAGGAAGUUGAUCCAUUUUUUUCAUGAAUGAAUGGUAAUAAAGAUAAUUAGUGGAUUAAUAUUUAUCAACAUUUCCGUUGCAACGAAGCAAUAAUUGGUAACUCUCGUUUUGGCCAUCGAGAUUUUUUUUAUCAGGACAUGAGUGACGGUUUUGUACUAAAAUGGAGAAGAUAAAACGAACUCCUUGUAUUAUUGUCCAUGGAGGAGCCUGGUCGAUGCCAGACAAUCUUCUUGACCCAAUUUACGCCGGGAUUCAAGAGGCAGUAAAAACAGGUUAUGAAGUUCUCAAAAACGGUGGUUCAUCAGUCGAAGCUGUUGAAAAGGCUGUGAAUUGUAUGGAAAACAAUCAUUGUUUUAAUGCAGGGCAUGGAGCUGUUCUCAAUGAGAUUGGCAAGGUUGAAUGUGAUGCAAUGAUAAUGAAUGGAUCUACUUUGAAUUCAGGUGCAGUCAUGGCAGUCAGUCAAUUCUCAAACCCUGUCUCUCUUGCAAGACAGGUCAUGGAAAAGACGCCUCACUGUGCCUUCAAUGUGGAAGGCUCACUUGCAUUUGCAAAUAAAAUUGGCUAUCCUGUCUUGAAAGAUCCAACUGAACUUGUUACAGAGACAGCAAUGCAAAAGGGUGUUGCAUUCGAUGAAUACGAAACGGCAGUACAUUCACACAUUGAAGGUCAUGACACUGUAGGAGCUGUUGCCAUGGAUACCACUGGCUGUAUUGCAUGUGCCACCUCAACAGGGGGCAUACCUGCUAAGAUGCAAGGACGUAUUGGUGACUCUCCUAUGAUUGGCUGCGGAGGUUAUGCAAAUGAGUUUGGUGGAUGUUCUACAACAGGUCAUGGCGAAUCCAUAAUGAAAAUGACUUUGGCUAGAGAAGUUGUGUACAGUGUGGAAAAUGGCAAUGAUGCACAGGUUUCGUCUGAGAAAGCUGUUCAAAGGAUGUAUGAACGGAUAGAAGGAUACGGCGGGGUGAUAGUUGUGGAUAAAGAUGGAAACUUUGGAAAAGCAUUCAAUACACAGCGAAUGUCUUGGGCUUUGAUCAAAGACAACGUCUUACAAUAUGGGAUAGAACCUAACGAGUGUAAUCAAGUUGAUUUGAGUUAGAACGUAAAUAAUCUUGUGGAUUCAGCAUCUUGAAGUCAACCCAAA